CCACCCGACGCCCGCCAGCGAAUGAUGAAUGGUUUCAUUAAAGACUUUCAUCUCAUAUUAGAAAACCCACGUUUACUGAACCUGCUCCUGUGAAGGCUCGCUUGGCUAGCUGGUGUCUCUCAGGCCGCACGAUUAGUUGACCUGUGGUUUGUUGCCUCAGAUACUGGCCCACUAGCUUCAUCCCAUAGCCACUCUUCGGCGCCUGGUGUCAUUCACGGUGCCGAAGCAGCCUUGAUCUAGACUUUCAACUUCAACUACAUUCGCCAUGGCAACAAGCCUAUCUAAUGCUCUGGCUCAACUGAGUCUGAGCUCAAAAGAACUAAGUGGAUCGGCUUUCGAUGCCCGCGUGACCGACGAGGAAAAUGGCAUCUACCGGGAGGCCAAACCGCGACAGCGGGAUCGCCAAACUGCUGCUGAUCUCAAGAAUGACCUAGAACAGGAGUUUCUCAACCCAUCAGCUCGUUUUGGUUCAGAAUGGCUGAACCGUCUUCAGAGGCGAUGGGAUGUGUCCACGGACUACACAGACUUUUUUGACAUUGCGGGAACUCAAACACGUACCGUUGUUCGAUUCGAUCGUGAUGGACUUGAAGGUCGUGUUACUGGCUAUCAUGAAGUCACUAUUCCUGCCGCUAGUGCGAAUGCAAAGAACUCGACGUCUCUUCUUCGUCGACCAGCCGGCCGUGCGGACUUCGUCAGAGGUGCAGCGGGCUUUUUCCCCUUUGCUCCAGGCGGGCUUGAAGGCGUCGAAGCGAUCGCUGAGAUGGAGUCGGAUCCUCAAGUUUCGGAGUACUCUAGGUCCGGUGGCAAGCAGUCUGGACUUGACCGAAUUAUCAAUUUUGGUACCGAAGGCGGUUUAUUGGAAGUUGCCCCUGGAUUUUCUCGUGGGUUGAGAUUCGAUGAAGCCAAGUCUAAAGAAGCCGCCAAGGGCGAUGAAGAAGUGGAGCAUGCUUUGCAGCAGGAAGAGGCCGAGCUUCGCAUCGAGCAGGAUGAAACGGCUUCAGAUGCUGGAGGUGUCAAGAUCGAUGAGGAAGCAGAACUGAGUGAUGAAGAAGAUAUUGACUCAUUGCUCCCAGUCGAGUUCCCAGCAUUGGAACCCCACGCUCCACUUCUCGCAGGUGUCCAGCAAAGGAAGAGCGGUAGGGAGUGGGCUCAUGUCGUUGAUGUCAACAAAGACAUUCCUAAUUUCCGCGAGCUCGUGCCAGAUAUGGCUCGCGAGUGGCCGUUUGAGCUGGACACCUUCCAAAAGGAGGCUGUAUACCAUCUGGAGAACGGCGACUCUGUCUUUGUUGCCGCACACACAUCGGCUGGUAAGACUGUUGUGGCUGAAUAUGCUAUUGCCUUGGCUUCCAAACAUAUGACGAAAGCAAUCUACACUUCGCCCAUCAAAGCUCUGAGUAAUCAGAAAUUCCGAGAUUUCAGAACCACUUUCGAUGAUGUAGGUAUUUUAACGGGUGAUGUCCAGAUAAAUCCCGAAGCAAGCUGCCUUAUCAUGACCACCGAGAUUCUACGGAGUAUGCUUUACCGCGGAGCAGACCUCAUCAGGGACGUCGAGUUCGUGAUUUUCGACGAAGUCCAUUAUGUCAAUGACCUCGAGAGAGGUGUCGUCUGGGAAGAAGUCAUCAUCAUGCUCCCGGAGCAUGUUACUCUGAUCUUGCUGUCUGCCACCGUUCCUAAUACCUACGAAUUCGCUUCCUGGGUCGGUCGCACGAAGAAGAAAGAUAUCUAUGUUAUUUCCACCCCAAAAAGGCCAGUUCCCCUUGAACAUUACCUCUGGGCUGGGAAAGGAAUGUACAAAGUCGUGAACUCCAACAAGCGUUUCCUCGAAAAUGGUUGGAAGGAAGCCGACGAGAUCAUUUCUGGAAGGGAUAAAAUCAAAGCCCAAAAGGCAGCCGAGGCCCAAGCCCAAUCACAAGCAAGCCGUGGCGCGCCACAGGCCAGAGGACGCGGACAACCUCCCAGCAGGGGUGGUGCUCGCGGCAAUGCGCAGCGUGGAGGUGCUCCUCGUGGUAGGGGACAGCCUGCUAACAGGGGCACCGGAAACAUUGCUCGCACGGGACGUGGCGGUGGGAGAACCACAGCCGCACAGGAUAAGACUAUCUGGGUACAAUUGGUUCAGCACCUUCGCAAGGAGAACCUGCUACCUGGCUGCAUUUUUGUCUUCUCAAAAAAGCGAUGUGAACAAAAUGCCGACUCGCUCUCCACUCAAGACUUUUCCACCGCCUCUGAAAAGAGCUUGAUACACAUGUUUAUUGAAAAGUCCCUCACAAGACUCAAACCAGAAGACAGGACGCUUCCACAAAUUCUCAAACUUCGAGAUUUGCUUAGCCGGGGCAUUGCUGUACAUCACGGCGGUCUCCUGCCGAUCAUGAAGGAGAUUGUUGAGAUUUUGUUUGCCAAGUCCUUGGUCAAAGUAUUAUUUGCCACGGAGACAUUUGCUAUGGGUCUCAAUCUACCCACUCGUACAGUGGUCUUUUCUGGAUUCCGCAAGCAUGACGGCAAAGGUUUCCGGGAUCUGCUCCCUGGAGAAUAUACUCAGAUGGCUGGACGUGCUGGAAGACGAGGCCUUGACACUGUCGGUUAUGUGAUAAUUGUCAACCCUGGAAGAGAUGAAGCACCGCCAGCUGGUGCUCUACGACGGAUGAUCCUGGGCGAUCCGACUAAACUAAGAUCGCAAUUCAGGCUCACGUAUAACAUGAUACUCAAUCUUCUGCGUGUUGAAGCUUUGAAGAUUGAAGAGAUGAUCAAGCGAAGCUUCAGUGAGAACGCUACCCAAGCCCUUCUUCCGGAGCAUGAAAAGCAGGUUCAGCUGUCCGAAGCCAGCUUAGCGAAAAUCAAACGCGAACCCUGCGACAUCUGUGACAUUGAUCUUGCAGCUUGUCAUGAUGCAGCUAUUGAGUAUGAGAAGCUAACUAGCGAACUUCAUGUGGGACUACUUUCCUCGCCAGUUGGGAAGCGCCUCUUCAUGCCGAAGCGGCUGGUGGUAUACAGGAAGGACGGAUUUCGUACGGCAGGUGUCAUUGUUCGAGAGGGCAUUGGAGGAGGUGCUGCACCCACCAUACAGGUCCUGGAGCUAGGAAGAAUCGGAAGCAGGCGUCAUCCCAGCGACAUCCUUCCGUUUCUUCCAAGAUUCCGGCCUUUUUUCCAGUCUUUGCCCAUUCGUGCCGCGGAUAUGACGCUGAAAACUUUCAAGAUACCAUUGACGGAUCUUGAAUGCAUUACGAACACCAUGAUCAAGCUGGGCGGCCCGAUAUGGUACCUUAACAUCAAAAAAGAGGCAAUGAAAUUCGCGGACAAGGAACUCUCAAAGUUUUGUGCUUCAUGGACGACACCGGCUUGGGAUGAGAUGGACUGGGCCAAAAUCAAGGAGCUACAGGUCAGAGACGUUUUGGAACAACGGCAAAAACAAGCUGCCAUUGCUCAGUCGUGUCGAUGCCUGCAGUGUCCCGACUUCUUGAAACACUUCGAAAUGCAACAUGACGAGUGGCAGGUCAAGGAGAAUAUCUCGCAAUUGAAACAGCUCAUGUCUGAUCAAAACCUGGCGCUACUUCCGGACUACGAGCAACGCAUUCAGGUUCUGAAAGAUCUAGGCUUCGUAGAUGAGCAAGCGCGGGUGCAGCUCAAAGGCAAGGUAGCCUGUGAGAUCCACUCAUCCGAUGAACUGGUUCUGACGGAAUUGAUUCUUGAGAACGUACUGGCGGAAUACGAACCCGAGGAAAUUGUCGCGCUGCUAUCUGCAUUUGUCUUCCAGGAGAAGACCGAGAAUGUCCCCACAUUGACGCCGCGCCUCGAGAAGGGCAAGGAAGCCAUUGUCAAGAUUUCAGACAGGGUCAACGACAUUCAAAUUCAACACCAAGUCAUUCAGACUAGUGAGGACAGCAACGACUUUGCUAGUCAGCCCCGGUUUGGCCUGUCAGAAGUUGUAUACGAAUGGGCAAAGGGUAUGUCAUUCAAUCGUAUCACUGAUCUCACCGAUGUGAUGGAAGGCACCAUUGUGCGGACUAUUACUCGUCUAGAUGAGACCUGUCGAGAGGUGAAGAAUGCGGCCAAGCUGGUCGGAGAUCCCAACCUUUAUGCCAAGAUGCAACAGGCACAGGAGUUGAUCAAGAGAGAUGUUAUCUUUGCCGCAUCUCUGUAUAUGUGAAAUGUGACGGAGGGGCUUGAAUGCUUGGGUGGGCUACUUUCUAUCUUCCAACUACUAUUCUGAUGUAAAACUUGUGGUCCAAUGAUUCAGUCACAAUGAAAGGAGUAAAGG